CCCCGCGGCCCCCGCCGCCUCCCCGGAGCGCCCGCCCGCGCCCCGCUCGCCGCUCCCGGCCUCGCUCGGGGGCCGCCCGCCUGCACCCUGGAGCACCGGGCCGCGCGCCUCUGCCGACUGCUCUGGAUCCUCGCGGCCGCGGGCUACAGCUGCCGCGCCUGCCCGUCCGCGGAAGGACCUUCACCACUGCACUUGCCCAGUAACUCUGGCUGUGCCGUGCACCCCUCCGGUAAGACGGACACCCCAGGAGCAUGGCAGACGAAGACCUCAUCUUCCGCCUGGAAGGCCUGGAUGGCGGCCGGUCCUCCCGGGCUGGCCACAACGGUGACUCUGAUGCAGACAGCGAUGAUGAGGAAGGUUAUUUCAUCUGUCCCAUCACCGAUGACCCCAGGUCAAACCAGAAUGUCAAUUCCAAGGUUCAUAACUACUACAGCAACCUAACAAAAAGUGAGCGGUCCCCAGCCAGCUCCUUCAACUUCAAGGAAGCCUGGAAGCAUGCGAUCGAGAAGGCCAAGCACAUGCCUGACCCCUGGGCCGAGUUCCACCUGGAGGACAUUGCCACGGAAUGCGCUACUCGGCACAGGUACAAUGCGGUCACCGGGGAGUGGCUGGAAGACGAAGUUCUGAUCAAGAUGGCAUCUCAGCCCUUUGGCCGUGGAGCAAUGAGGGAGUGCUUCAGGACGAAGAAGCUCUCCAACUUCCUGCACGCCCAGCAGUGGAAGGGAGCCUCCAACUACGUGGCCAAACGCUACAUCGAGCCCAUGGACAGGGACGUGUACUUUGAGGACGUGCGUCUACAGAUGGAAGCCAAGCUCUGGGGGGAGGAGUAUAAUCGGCACAAGCCCCCCAAGCAGGUGGACAUCAUGCAGAUGUGCAUCAUCGAGCUGAAGCAGAGACCGGGCAGGCCCCUCUUCCACCUGGAGCACUACAUUGAGGGCAAGUACAUCAAGUACAACUCCAACUCAGGCUUCGUUCGCGAUGACAACAUCCGCCUGACACCGCAGGCCUUCAGCCACUUCACGUUCGAGCGCUCUGGCCAUCAGCUAAUAGUGGUGGACAUCCAGGGUGUGGGGGACCUGUACACUGACCCGCAGAUCCACACCGAGACGGGCACUGACUUUGGAGACGGCAACCUAGGUGUCCGGGGGAUGGCUCUCUUCUUUUACUCUCAUGCCUGCAACCGGAUUUGUAAGAGCAUGGGCCUUGCCCCCUUCGACCUCUCACCACGGGAGAGGGACGCAGUGACUCAGAACGCCAAGCUGCUGCAAUCAGCCAAGACCAUCUUGAGGGGGACAGAGGAAAAGUGUGGGAGCCCCCGAGUAAGGACCCUCUCUGGGAGCCGGCCCCCCCUGCUCCUUCGCCUUUCAGAGAACUCAGGAGAUGAGAACAUGAGCGACAUUACCUUUGACUCUCUCCCUUCCUCCCCAUCUUCGGCCACACCACACAGCCAGAAACUGGACCACCUCCAUUGGCCGGUGUUCAGUGACCUCGAUAACAUGGCAUCCAGAGACCACGACCAACUGGACAACCCCCGGGACUCCGAGAACAGUGGGGACAGCGGUUACCCCAGUGAGAAGCGGGGUGAGCUGGAUGACCCUGAGCCCCGAGAGCACGUCCACUCGAACAGUAACCGGAGGUACGAGUCUGAUGAAGACAGCCUGGGCAGCUCCGGACGGGUCUGUGUGGAGAAGUGGAAUCUCCUCAACUCCUCCCGCCUCCACCUGCCGAGGCCUUCGGCCGUGGCCCAGGAAGUGCAAAGGCUCAAUGCUCUGGACCUUGAAAAGAAAAUCGGGAAGUCCAUUUUGGGGAAGGUCCAUCUGGCCAUGGUGCGCUACCAUGAGGGUGGACGCUUCUGCGAGAAGGACGAGGAGUGGGACCGCGAGUCGGCGGUCUUCCACCUGGAGCAUGCGGCCGACCUGGGCGAGCUGGAGGCCAUUGUGGGCCUGGGGCUCAUGUACUUGCAGCUGCCACACCACAUCCUGGCCGACGUCUCUCUGAAGGAGACAGAAGAAAAUAAAGUAAAAGGAUUCGAUUACUUACUGAAGGCAGCUGAAGCGGGCGACAGACAGUCCAUGCUCCUAGUGGCACGAGCUUUUGACACCGGCCAGAACCUCAGCCCAGACAGGUGCCGAGACUGGCCUGAGGCCCUGCACUGGUACAACACGGCCCUGCAGACCACGGACUGCGAUGAGGGUGGCGAGUAUGAUGGGAUGCAGGACGAGCCCCGGUACACGCUGCUGGCCAGGGAGGCUGAGAUGCUGUUCACAGGUGGCCUUGGGCUAGAGAAGGACCCGCAGAGAUCAGGGGACUUGUACACCCAGGCAGCCGAGGCAGCCAUGGAAGCCAUGAAGGGCCGGCUGGCCAACCAAUACUACCAGAAGGCAGAGGAGGCCUGGGCCCAGAUGGAGGAAUAACUUGCCAGGAAGAUCCCUGCCAGCUAGUUGCAAGCAAAAGGGCUAGGAGGAAAAGGGAAAAAAAAGACUUUGGGGAGGGAAAGCAUUUUUGGUGUGUUAUAAAUCAACUUUUGUAUUUCAUGUUUUGACUCUUGAAAAUGUCUUUGCUGCUAGCAGAGACACUACACCUGUACCUUAGAGGCAGCAUUUUGGGGAAGUGGGUAUUGAAAAAGCAGCCUAAUGAACCAACAUAUCGUUUCAAGGUUCUGUUUUUAUUUUUGUUUCAUUUUUUGUCAUGUGAUGUAAGAAAGUGCUUUUCUGCCUUCCAUGGGCAAUGUUAGGGCUCUGCUCACCAGCCUUUUCAGGCUGGACUGAAAUCUCAGGCCCACAGGGCCCUGUGUUUGUGAAUCGGGAUGGGGAGUUAACGUCCCAUGGGGCGUGUAGUGGCAUGACUCAGUGCAGCCUUCUUUGUCAGAGCACUUGGAAGUGCACAUGGCACUUUCAACAGAUGUGAGAUUGUACAGUGCCCAGGUCCCUUCUUCCAUAGGGAAGAGCCUGCACACUGUUUUCUAGUCAUUUUGUUUAAUUUCCUCCCACAAUGCAACUGUCAGGCAUACAGCCAAAUUCCAUUUUUAAGCAUGCUUUCUACAUGGGCUUUAUAAAACACAUUCAAUUUUUGUAUGCACACAUUUACUACCUCUAACUCCUACAUCAGCUAGUGUGGAAGAGGGUGUGCCUCAAAGCUUUUACAUGUAAAGACAGUGGCUUGGGAUAUUGGAGCCUUUCUUCCAAACAGUCACGUACCCUGCAUCUCAGUGGCAGCAUCCACAGUGUGACUGAAGUGUCCCUUGUACCAUAUUCCCUGGCGUUUUCUUAGCAUCUGAUGCUCUUAUGUAGAAUUUGCUCCCCAGCCUUGUCUUUGGCAUUUUCUGCUUGAAGCUAGGUUGAUUUUGUGUAAUUUGCAGCAGGAUGCUUUCAGCAGUAGCCCCUUGAGAUUGCAUCUAAAAUGAUGAGAAUGAGAGGGCAAGAACUAUAAACACUCAUUAAUUUCAGUAGUUUCCCCAGGGCCAGGCUAUAGUUAUCUUUAUCUAAUGAGCUUUCCCUUUAAAUGGGGUUCAGAUUUCAUAUUAGUAUGAUGUAAUUUGGUGUUUCAAAUAGCAAGGAAAACAGACUGCUUUAAUCAAUCCCAAAUGCCAAAGCAGCCUCUCUUUGUUUAAAAAUCAAAAUGUAAAAAAGGAGAGUAUAACAUACAGAACAUUCUUAUCUGUUCAUUGGAACAGGUCCUUCAACACUUGAGUACUGAGUGCUUUGGAGUCAUGAACCUGUGCUGGGAUUAGGUUCCAAAGUCCAGAGUGUCCCUUAAAGGAAAAAUCAAGCAGAGUCAAAAUUACCCUUGGAAAAUCCCUAAGACCACCCAUAAAUGACAGUGUCCCUGAUUUUUAUACAUGGACUCAUCACAGUCGGUUUUCCUUUAGAAAUUGGACCUGGUCACCCUUUUUUCAUCUGUACCAGAUCAAUAGUUGCCUUGCGUUAAGCUGGGGUGUGUGUGUGUGUGUGUGUGUGUGUGUGUGUGUGUGCUGUGUGUGUGAGCUGGUGUGUGUGAGUGUGUGUGUGUGUGUGUGUGUGUGUGUUUUAAACCAGUGCAUAUAGUUAAAUUGCACAUGUUAAGCAAGAAGCUACUUUAUUGUGAUUUAUCUCUUCAAAGUAAUCAAGCCCCAUAUAACUCAUGCUUCUUUUGUUAUUGUUAAUUCAGCCACCCUUCUCUCUCUGUGAGAUUUUGUUAUGUAAAUAAUUUGGGUUCCCUGAUCACCAAUCUAAUUUCUUAAUUAUGUCAUCUCUUCUCUAGCAAGAAUUGGCAAGACUUUUUUUGUAAAGGGCCAGAUAAUAAACAUUUUAGGCUUUGCAGGCCAUAUGACCUCUGUUGCAAAUACUCAACCCUGCUGUCAUAGUGCAAAAGCAGCCAUAGACAAUAUGUAAACAAAUGAGCGUGGCUGGUGUUCCAGUAAAACUUUAUUUACAAAAACAGGUGGCCCUUGGGCUGUAGUUUGUCCACCCCUGUUCAAACCUUUGACUGAGCUGCUUUAUUAAGCUCUGAGGGCAAGAGCUAUCCCGACUUUGUGGCCUCUGGGCCUCAAAAACACAGUGCCUUGGCACAGAGUAGGCACUGAAUAAAUGUGUAAACAAAUUUAGAACCAUCCCUAGUCACUGCUCUGACUUCUUGAGGUUCUAAUCAACCAAUUAAUGUUUCAUUUUCUGGACUGGCUUGAACCAUCACCCCUACAAUUCUGCUCCCCACCAACCCACAUGGCCUUAAUGUCAGUAGCUGGUCCCCUCAUCCUCCAGGAGGCUGAGAUGGUGUAAAGCUAGGCGACCACGCUAGUUAUUGGGCUCUUUUACCUGCCAGUAAUCCUGCACCGACUGGGCUGAUGGUUGAGCUAGGGCUGGGCCUGGAGCUCACAGACCCUGCAAGCCUGUUCACAGACUGGGUCACAAACCCUUCAUAUGCCAGGCAGGGUCACCAGAUCCCUUCAUGCAGGUCUAUAAGCUAGGUAACCGGCCACACCACACGGUCCUUGGAAGCUGCAAGUCUGGAAAAAACAUGGCCACACAGGCGGGUGGCGCUGCCUUGCAGGCACACUCCACCCACAAACACAAUGUUUACAGAACCGCCCCUAUCCGGCCCUGAGGCAGGGGAGCGUGACCAAGUUGUUCCAUUUUCCCAACAGAUGGCCUGGGUGUAGAGCUAAGCAGAUGCUCCUGUAAGGACCCUUGAGAGUACAAAAGUAACUUGCAAGAUGUUAAGAUCCUUCUGAGCCAGCAGAAGAAUUUAUUCCACCUUCAAUACCUAGUUUUGUACCUUCUAAAGCUGAUUAGGGCAUCUUCUAUUUCCACAAAUGCCAGGCAUUCCAAGAAGAAGAAAAAAAGCAAAUCCAGGACAUUGCAGCCCAACUGGGAAGAUAACAUCAGAGACUUAACUUCAAGUGCAAGAAGCAGGAGAGAUUAGCAGAGCUGGCAUUAUCUGCUACCUUCAUCUCACAGAGAGAGAAACCAAAGUUGUAAGAGGUAGAUUCUUUCACAGUGAUGCUGCUAGCUAGAGGCUAAGCUGGAGCCAGGAUUUGAGAGCUGCUGUUAUUUAGAGGAUCCUGGGAAUGAAAUAUAAAGUUAAACUGGAGUUUAAUAGUCCUUUCAGUUUUGCUAAUAAAAGAAAAUGAAUGAAUGAAUUAAUGAAUGAAUAAAUAAGUAAGGCUUUAUGGAUAUAAGAAGGAAAAACCUCCGAAACUGUAAUGCUCUAAAUGUCUCUUUUCUCCCCUCCCCUGAGGCAGUAUGGGAAUUUAUCAUCAAAUGCAACCUUGAUGAACCAAGCCAUGUAAACUGCCCUUGUUUCUGUUCUAGUGACUUCAUUUCCUUUUGGCCCAGCACAUUUGUCUACAGAACUACACAUGCUUUACAAAUCAACAAAUGUUUACACAAGCAUAUGCAGCCUUUGUGGGGGGACAGGAGACAAAAUAUGCAUAUUCUCUGUGGAUUUAUGCCACUUACCUGUGUUUCUAGUCUCAGAGGUGACCAUUUAACCUACUCAAGGGGGACACUGGGCGGGACACAGAAGGCUUGUGUUACAGAUUCAUUGUUGCCUGUAUACUAAGUUCCAUUUCGUCUUGCCAAAUAAAUGUUUAAAUGUU